UGGGAGAUGUUGCUGUAUCAGUCAUUAGAAAAGAAAUUGAAGAUGAUUCUGAAUAUAUAUUUAAUAGUCAUCAUAAUAAACCUUAGAUACGACUCAAGAAGAGCAUGAUGAGACUACUAAUCUAUGUAAGAAAAAUGCUUCCCAAGCAAAGCAAAUAUACAAAUGUACUAGGACAAAAUAGCUGUGCAAACAUCUUGGCCCAUUGAGAGCUUUUGGAAUGUUCAGCAACAAUAGAUUGCAAGACAAAUUGCAUUAAGAUAUGCUGAUGAACCAGAUUUGAUUAUGCAAGCAAGACAGCAUUAAAGUAAUAAGGAAUGAUCUUACCAAGCACUGAACAAUCUUUAACCUCAGAAAAUGUCUGCUUGCAAUGCCUUCACUGAACAUGUGUGGAAACCUGGUGAAUGUAAAAAUUGCUUCAAGCCAAAAAACUUGCAUCAGACGCCUCCAGGCCCUGAAAAAGCUCCAGUUUCAAAUUCAAAUAUAAAAACCAAUGCAAUUCACAGCAACCAGCAUAAUAAGAAUACAGGAAAUUUUCGGCCACCUGUGGCAAAGAAACCCACCAUCGCUGUGAAACCCACCAUGGUGACAAUAGAUGGACAGGGUAUGUGUGGUGAAAUCACCUCACAAGAUCUUUGUGAGAACAAACCAGCUCUUGUAGGUUGGAAUCAAAAUAUAACUGCUUUGAAGAAAAAGCCAUUGAAUAAUAACAACAAUAAUGAAGAAGAGGAAGAAGAGGAGGUUGAAAAUUACAGUCAUAUUCAUAGAUCUUUUGGAAAUAACGAUGAUACAGAUAAAGCUCCAAGCAACAAUAAUGGACUCACUGAUGUAUUGAAGGAAAUUGCCGGCUUAGAUCAUUCAACUUUCCUAACAAGAAAUGAAAUUAAUUCAAGGGAAGUAUUCUUGGGACGAAUAAACACUUGUUAUAAGAAGUCAUUAGAAAGAAAGGUCCCUCCAAGUUGCCUGAUGGAUGGAACAAAGUCACAAAAUAAGCAUGUUGUUUUGAGUGGAACCACUGCUGUCAUAAGCAGUGAGGGUGGCCGUUUCUGCUACCCUGAAUUCUCCAGUGGAGAUGAAAGUGAGGAUGACCUGUUUUUUGGCAGCAUCCAUGAUGAUCAUGAGAGCUGGGAUGAAAGUGACGAAGAGUUGCUAGCAAUGGAAAUUCGCAUGAGGGGACAGCCACGUUUUGCUAAUUUUAGGGCGAAUACGCUGUCACCUGUUCGAUUUUGUGUUGACAAGAAAUGGAAUACAGUGCCUUUAAGGCAUAAGUCUCUUCAGAGAUUUUGUGCAGUAGACUACGAUGACAGCUAUGAUGAAAUUUUGAAUGGCUACGGAGAUGACCCUGUAAUCCUUUUUGGACCAGAAGGCGUUCAGAGCAUGGUUUCAUCCGAUUCUAUGUCCCCUGAUUCUUCUCUGACUGAAGAAUCUCAUUCCGGAACGGCCAGCAGUUCUUCCCAAAAGCUUUGCAAUGGUAGAGUGUCUCCUAACAGUCCUAAAGGUAGCAGAUUAAUGGGAGGAGGAGGAGGUGAUAACAGGUUUUCUGAUGACCAGCAAGUUAAAGUUUCAAUUAAAAACACUCAAAACACUACCCAGAUUGUAGAGACCCACAAAGCUGUGCUUGCUGUUAGACUAGAAGAAAAAGAUAGCAAGUCUGCUAUCCCCAGUGAUAAGCAAGAAUGGAAAAGUUCCUUAAAUACACCAGUUCAGACAACAACUACAAAUUUGAUCCCCGUGGAAGAACAAGCAAAGCCUUACAGAGUAGUAAAUAUGGAACAACCAGUGUGCAAACCUUAUACAAUAGUGGAUGUAUCAGCAGCCAUGACACAUGAAAGUAUAGAGAAUCGGGCAAAAAACCUGGAUACCAGAUACAUUCGGUCUAACCCAAAUUCACCAGAUCCCCUCAGUACAAAUGCUAUACCCCAUUCUGUGUCAUGUGGGCAAGUAACUCCUAAUCUUAAAAAAUCCAACACUGCCAGAUACCAGGAAGUUUGGACUUCCAGUACAAGUCCGCGACAAAAAAUCGCCAAAGUGGAAUUAACUGCCAAUGUUCCAGGACCUUCUGUUCCUGUAAGGAGAAAUAUCCUUAAAUCGGCUCCCACUUCUCCUACGUCAACACACAUUUCUACAAAAACAAUCCCGGUCAAGUCCCCUAACUUGUCCGAAAUAAAAUUCAACAGCUAUAAUAAUGCCGGCAUGCCCCCCUUCCCGAUUAUUAUUCAUGAUGAGCCAACUUAUGCUAGAUGUUCCAAAAAUGCCAUCAAAGUUCCUAUUGUAAUCAAUCCCAAUGCAUACGACAACCUGGCCAUCUAUAAAAGCUUUUUAGGCACGAAUGGAGAGCUUUCCUUUAAAGAUAAGACCACUAGUAUCAUCAGCCAUACAUAUGAAGAGAUAGAAACAGGAAGCACCGUAUCUGAAAAUAUACCUACUAGGUCUGCAGAAUUACCCCAAGCGAAAGGUUCAGGCAGUAACACUGAGAGGAGGCUGGGCUCUGUAGCUCAGAAGGUUCAGGAAUUCAAUAGCUGCCUUGGAAAAGGUCAGGCUUCACCCAAGAUGUCUUGUCGUGGCUCUCCAACAAAAAUACAAAGAACGUUUCAGGAGUCUUCAGCUGAAGUAGACGAUAAUCAGGAAAUAUCUAAUGGCGGUCGGGAAAAUGCCUGUGCAGUACUGUCACAGAUUGUAGCAUCAAUCCAACCUCCACAAUCUCCCCCGGAAGCCCCUCAGGCUGGCCCUAAGUCUUGCAGCGUUGAAGAACUCUACUCCCUGCCUCCUGAUGCAGACCCAGACAAGAGCACCUCAUUGCGACCAAAAUCCCUUUUUUCAGUGCAACCUCACCCUAAUGCUGAGGGAAUCAAAUCCACGGAAGUUGCGUCCAAGGAAAUCCCUUCCAAAUCCCCAAUCGUGCAGCCUUCAAAACCCAUGGCAUUGUCUCCGAGUCCCAAAACUGAACAGGCUCCCCCUUUCCCACCUCCACGAUCCACCUCUUCACCUUAUCAUGCCAGCAAAGUGUUGCAAAAGCAUUUCGGCAACUGGAGCAAGCCCCUGAGCCCAUCUAGAUCCACUGAGGCUGAAUCCGUUUUGCAUUCAGAAGGUAGGCGAGCGGUCGAUGCCAAACCAAAGAGAUGGAUAUCCUUUAAGAGCUUCUUUCGCCGCAGAAAGACCGAAGAAGAGGAGGACAGAGAAAGAGAGAAGGGGAAACUUGUGGGUCUUGAUGGAACUGUCAUUCAUAUGCUUCCGCCACCUCCUGUCGAACGUCACAAUUGGUUCAGUGAAUCCAGAUCAGAUUCCAGUGAGAAACCAUCCGUUGUUUUUAUGUUUAAAUGUGAUCAGGCAAAGUUGGAAACAAAAACCAAUCUAACCAAAACUGAAGUAGAGCCCACCAUUGAAGUCAUAACAGCAGUGAGGGGAGAGACCGAAAAUCAUCCGGAGACACCGGAAGAAAGCUUAAAGAGUCACCCCUCUUCACCCCAACUUCCAAAGGAAAUUCUCAGUCAAGUGCCUGAUGAGAAAACAAAACCUGUGGAAAAUGUGUCCCCUCCAAUUCCAAUUUCUGCAUUUGAAAAGCAGGAUGUUGACAGCCCUACAUUCCACACCCCAGAAAUAUUACAGUUGGAAGAUGAGAGAGAAGAAAUGUCUGAUUCUUCUGACCUGAGUGCCUGCAGUGCUACCUAUAGUAACUUGGGGCAAUCCAGAGCAAAAAUGAUGCCUCCAAAGCGUCCCCGGCAACUCAAAGGAGCUUUGGAGGACGCCAUAGUAUUUGGGGGAAUAUCCGAUCCAGAAAUAUCAGCCAUCUUCCACCCCACCCCACCUCCCCUGCCAAAGAAGACCAUUUUGAGAGCGCACACCGAACCACUCCCGAAGGACCUCCAGAAGCAGGCUGUUGAAAGUAGCCUCUGUGUGAUGGCUAACCCUACCUAUGACAUCAACACCAACUGGGAAGGAAGCAGCAUCUGCUCUUCUGUCAGCUCAGAUUUCAAGGCAGUGGACAAUGAAUCCGGGGAUUCUCUGGGCAGAGCCCCAGAAAAGGCAAUUCCAUCUACCACCAACCUUGCCGCUAUCAGUAUGAAGAGCAGUGGUUCCACCAGCAUGGAGUCCGUCUCCGUUAGGCCUGUUGCCCACAGUAAGCAGGGCAAAGCGGGCCCAAAGCCCCAUCAGCUUUAUAGAGGCAUUGAAAACAGGGAAGAGGUCGUGAACAAGAUCAGAAGCCUCCACGCAGAUUCACUGAAGAAACUGUCGGCCAGAUGUGAGGAUCUUUUUAUGGCCGGGCAGAAAAAUCAACUUCGAUUUGGGGUAGACAGUUGGUCGGACUUCAGAUUAACCAGCGACAGGCCAUGCUGCGAGGCAGGAGACGCUGUAUACUACCCUGCUUCUUACGCGAAAGAUUCACUCAACAAUUAUGCAGUCAAGAUUUGUAAGAGCAGAGCUAAAGAAUCCCAGCAAUAUUACCACAGUUUGGCCAUUCGCCAGAGCUUGGCUAUUCAUUUCAACAUACAGCAGGAUUGUGGCCACUUUCUGGCAGAUGUACCUGUUCGUCUCCUUCCAUGGGAAGAUCCCGAUUCAGCUGAAGAAGAGGAUGAGGCUGAACAGAAGAGCGAAGAGAGCUCCUCUCCAUUGGACAAUUCCCAGGACAGUCCAGGUCCCCAAAGUAUCUUCACUAAGCAGCGCAGCAGAGUUGUUGUUAUUACCCGGGAGGUUCCCUACCUAUCAGUGGCCGAUUUUGUGCAAAGUUCUGUGGAGCACCACUCUAGAUGUCCCGAUCUGUACGAAAGACAAGUGUGCCUACUACUCUUACAGUUGUGUUCCGGUCUAGAGCACCUAAAACCCUAUCACAUCACCCACUGCGAUCUGCGUUUGGAGAAUCUUUUGCUGGUAGGCUGUCGGGCAAGCAAAAGCCUUCUGAACCCUGACCUGGCGGAGCUCAACCCCGGUGCUGCUUGCCCCACCCGGCUUUUGGUGAGCAAUUUCUCCCAAGCCAAGCAAAAGAGUCACAUGGUGGAUCCGGAGAUUCUGAAGGACCAGUCUCGCCUUGCCCCAGAAAUCAUCACCGCCAUGCAGUAUAAGAAAUGUGACGAAUUCCAGACUGGCAUCCUCAUUUACGAAAUGUUGCACCUGCCCAACCCUUUUGAUGAGAAUCCAGAGCUGAAAGAGAAGGAAUACACUUGGGCUGACCUACCCCAAGUCCCUCGCCGGUCACUUUAUUCCCUGGGGCUUCAGAAGCUGGCUGCUUGCCUGCUGAACCCCAACCCAUCCGAAAGGAUCCUGAUAUCUGAGGCCAAGAGCGUCCUCCAGUGUUUGCUUUGGGGUCCUCGGGAGGAUUUGUUUCAGAGUCUCAGGGCCUCUACUAAACCUUCCCAAAGGGAGGCCGUGCUCCAAAACUGGCUGGACAUCAAACGGACCCUGUUGAUGAUUAAGUUUGCCGAAAAGUCUUUGGACAAGGAAUGUCAAGUCAGCCUUGAAGACUGGCUUUGUUGUCAGUAUCUGGCUUUUGCCACUAUAGACUCGCUCAGUCGCAUAGUGAAAAUUAUGCGACAGCAUUAGUUUCCUAGGAGUGGUUUCUUCACUUGGAUAAGCCCAAAUCCUUUCCUUGGCUCAAGUUUCAUGCUGGGUUAACAUUCUUAUCUAGGUCUUGAGGUCACCAGCACUGAGCAAACAGAUUUCGACAGGAAGUUCCAUUUCCAGUCUUGCACGCAUGGGAGAGGUCUGAAAACCAUCACACCACUGUGAGUGGGCGAGGAAGGUGAAAAGGUAGUAAGGAAGCCAUUUAUUUCUGUUACGCCUGUUCUGAAGCAGACUUGCUAUAAUGACUGCGAACAGAACUGAGUCAGCACCAAUCGAGCACCAAAAUCUUUUUUUUAAAAA